AUGGAGGAAAGAACAAACGAUAAUUUAAAUUCAUCAACUCAGGAUGUGAACUUAGAAAUAAACAAAGUAGCAGUUAAACCAUCAAUUUUUUGGCGACAUAAACCUAAGUUAUGGUUCUUACAACUUGAAGCACAGUUUGCUAACGGCAAUAUUACUCGUGAUUUAACUAAGUAUAACAUUGUCGUUGCCUCAUUGGACGAAAAUGUCUUAGAUUUUGUAGUGGAUAUCUUGUCAAACCAGCCAAUUGAUGGAAAAUACGACGCUUUAAAAAAUGCAUUAUUAAAUAGAUUAACAGAUACUGAAGAAGUCAGGUUAAAAAAGGUGUUAACUGAACUUAAUCUUGGCGAUAAGCGUCCAUCUGACUUGUUGCGGCGACAAAUAAAAGGUUUGGCUGAAAAUUCCAUUUCUGAGGAAUUAUUAAAAUCACUUUGGCUACAGAGAUUACCACAACAGAUUCAAGCUAUAUUAUCUAUUAGCUCUGAUUCUUUGGAUAAAAUUGCAGAGAUGACAGACAAAAUUAUUGGUAUAUUUAGCUCAGCAGAGUUAUAUACAGUUGAUAAAGUAUCCAGCAAAACUUUUGAGCAUUAG